CAUGGUUAUACAUGCUCAAUCACAAUCAUGGUAUCCAUAAGAGAUAUCGCAUGUCUCCGCCUUUCGUUCGUAUUCGCUCUUUCCUUAUGUCAACGAGUCCUCGCAUCCCCUGUCCCUCAAGUAAUCCAGCCCGAUACUGGUCCUCUCUCCUUUUUUGAACUUGUGCAGAAAACCUUCCACCGCAUAGUCGAAGUUGGAUUUCUCCAGGGCAUUCUGACUUCGCUGUUGAUCUUGGGAUGUCUGGUUUGCCUUCUCGUGGGUGUUCUUAGCGGGUUGGCCGCCUAUCUUCGGCGUCAUGACACGAAGUUGUGGGAACAACAUGACGAGAUCAAUACCUCCCAAGGCGAAAAGGAUGAAGAAGAGGAGCCGGCCUCGCCUUCAGUCGAAAGGCGUCUGAACAGACCUGACAUCGAACACACCUACAAGUUGCAGUCCCGAUGUCAAAGCCGAAUCUCCCGGUAUCUUGCCAGCAACCCUUCAAUACCUAUCACAAAGCUCAAUAUCCAUGCCUCACCGCGUCGACCAUCAAAUACAACUGGUGCUUUAUCUGCACCGUCUUGGCCCUCUUCGCGAACCCCAACACGAACCCCUGUAACGCCAGUCCGCUCCGCCCUCUUCAAAUCACCACCCUCGUCGAGGCAGUCAUCACGCGGCCGGACUCUUCUAUUCGGAUCAACGAGAGUAAGCACGAGCUGGACUUCUUCCCCAUCUCCUAAAUCCGUGCACUGGGCAGAUGAGAUUGAGGUGACGGCGGUG